GGCCAGGGGCCCACGCUGGGCUCCUCUGCCGAUGCCAGCGCUGCUGUUGGUGCUGCUGCUGGCGCUGGGCACGCUGCCCCGGGCGCGGGCCGUCGAGGAGGAGCAGAGCGGCGCGCAGGGCUUCCAGGUGGUCACCUUCAAGUGGCACCACGUCCAGGACCCCUACAUCAUCGCGCUCUGGAUCCUCGUGGCCAGCUUGGCCAAGAUCGGCUUCCACCUGUCACACAAGGUUACCAGCGUGGUCCCUGAGAGUGCUCUGCUCAUCGUGCUUGGCCUGGUGCUGGGUGGCAUCGUCUGGGCAGCCGACCACAUUGCCUCCUUCACGCUCACACCCACAGUGUUCUUCUUCUACCUGCUUCCCCCCAUCGUGCUGGAUGCCGGCUACUUCAUGCCCAAUCGCCUUUUCUUCGGCAACAUGGGCAGCAUCCUGCUCUAUGCUGUACUGGGCACUGUAUGGAAUGCUGCCACCACUGGCCUCUCACUCUACGGGGUCUUCCGGAGCGGCCUGAUGGGUGACCUCAACAGCGGGCUCCUGGACUUCCUCCUGUUCGGCAGCCUCAUUGCAGCUGUGGACCCUGUGGCCGUGCUGGCCGUGUUUGAGGAGGUGCACGUGAAUGAGGUCCUGUUCAUCGUCGUGUUUGGGGAGUCACUGCUGAAUGACGCGGUCACGGUGGUCCUGUACAAUGUUUUUGAAUCUUUUGUGGCCCUGGGAGGUGACAACGUGACGGGUGUGGACUGUGUGAAAGGCAUAGUGUCCUUCUUCGUGGUGAGCCUGGGGGGCACCCUUGUGGGGGUCGCCUUCGCCUUUCUGCUAUCGCUGGUAACGCGCUUCACCAAGCAUGUCCGAAUCAUCGAGCCAGGCUUCGUCUUCGUCAUCUCCUACCUGUCAUAUCUCACGUCCGAGAUGCUGUCACUGUCAGCCAUCCUAGCCAUCACCUUUUGCGGCAUCUGCUGUCAGAAGUACGUGAAAGCCAACAUCUCAGAGCAGUCGGCUACCACUGUGCGCUUCACCAUGAAGAUGCUCGCUAGCGGUGCCGAGACCAUCAUCUUCAUGUUCCUGGGCAUCUCUGCUGUGGACCCCCUCAUCUGGAAGUGGAACACGGCCUUUGUAUUGCUCACACUGGUCUUCAUCUCUGUGUACCGGGCCAUCGGAGUGGUCCUGCAGACCUGGGUCCUGAACCGAUACCGGAUGGUGCAGCUGGAGCUCAUUGACCAGGUGGUCAUGUCCUAUGGGGGCCUGCGGGGGGCCGUGGCCUUUGCCCUGGUGGUCCUGCUGGAUGAGCACAAGGUCAAGGAGAAGAACCUUUUCGUGAGCACCACCAUCGUGGUCAUCUACUUCACAGUCAUCUUCCAGGGCCUGACCAUCAAGCCCCUGGUGCAGUGGCUGAAGGUUAAGAGGAGUGAACACCGGGAGCCCAAGCUCAACGAGAAGCUACAUGGCAGGGCCUUUGACCACAUCCUGUCGGCCAUCGAGGACAUUUCAGGGCAGAUUGGACACAACUACCUCCGGGAUAAGUGGUCUAAUUUUGACAGAAAAUUUCUCAGCAAGCUCCUCAUGAGGAGAUCAGCCCAGAAGUCCCGAGACCGGAUUUUGAACGUUUUCCAUGAGCUGAAUCUAAAGGACGCCAUCAGCUAUGUGGCUGAGGGUGAACGCCGUGGCUCCCUGGCCUUCAUCCGCUCACCCAGCACUGACAACAUGGUGAACGUGGACUUCAGCUCCCGGCGCCCCUCCGCGGUGGAGGCCUCCGUCUCCUACCUCCUGAGGGAGAACGUCAGUGCUGUGUGCCUGGACAUGCAGUCCCUGGAGCAGAGGAGGAAGAGCAUCCGCGACACAGAGGACGUGGUCACACACCACACGCUGCAGCAGUACCUGUACAAGCCACGGCAAGAGUACAAACACCUGUACAGCCGGCAUGAGCUGACCCCGGACGAGGAUGAGAAGCAGGACAAGGAGAUCUUCCACAGGACCAUGCGCAAACGCCUUGAGUCCUUCAAGUCGGCCAAGCUGGGGCUGAACCAGAACAAGAAGGCGGCCAAGCUGUAUAAGAGGGAGCGGGCCCAGAAGCGGAGAAACAGCAGCAUCCCCAAUGGGAAGCUGCCUCUGGAGGUGCCGACACCCAGCUUCACCAUUAAGGAGAAAGAUCUGGAGCUGUCUGAGCCUGAGGAGGUGCCCGACUAUGACACGGAAACUCUGAGCGGGGGAAUUGAAUUCCUGGCUAGUGUAACACAGGACGCGACUGCAGAUUCACCCACAGGGAUCGACAACCCUGUAUUUGCCUCGGAUGAGGACCUGGGUGUCCUUUCAAGGGUGCCUCCGUGGCUGUCUCCUGGGGAGACGGUGAUGCCCUCCCAGAGGGCCCGCGCACAGGUGCCCUAUUCGCCCGACCACUUCCACCGCCUGGCUCCCAUCCGCCUGAGCACCAAGUCCACAGACUCGUUCCUGCUGCCAGAACACCGAGAUGACCCUCCGCCAGCCCGUCCCCUGGAGACAACACACAUGUAA